AUGGAUCCUAUUCCCCACGUAAGCAGCGAAUCGCCGCCUUCAGAAACCACAAUUUUAGGCUCGCUGUUAUGCGGGCGACCGAGGAACUCAUCUCAAUCGCAUAUUCACCUUAAUGCUGACCAUCCCCUUCGAGAGCUCUCCCCACCACCACAACCACCUUCCCCAAACGCAAACGCUGGGAGAACGUGUGUGGCGCCUAUGCAGCAGUCGGCGUCUCAUCAGGCUCCGACAAUGGCAGAAGCGUCUUUGUCGCCUGGGCUGGGCCUGAGCAAUACGCUCAGGAGACGGAGGACAACGGGAACCAUCAUUCCUGCUUCCACCCCUACUGCCUCCAUUCAACCAUCGCCAGUGGGGAUCAACAUCGAAUUUAACCGUACGGAUGCUGCCCUUACGGUCCAGCCUCCCGCUGUACCACCACCGAGCCCACAUCCACAAAUACCAACAUCCGCGGGUGGCGGCGCUACUCGACACACCCGUCUAGUCCCUCACUUGGAUUCAGAUUGUUUCUUCUGGUUCGACCCUCUUCGUCGGCACAUGAAAGAAGGCGACCUACCCCUCCGCAUCGGGCGGUUCAUCGACCCUUCCGGGAUAGACCUCGCAGGUGUCAAGGCGCUAGGCUCGAACAAGCUCGCGUUCAGAUCGAGGAUUGUCUCGCCCGUGCAUGCAGAUAUUUGGGUAGAGCCUGGGGCCAAGAUUUACGUCAAAGAUACGAAAAGCCGCAUUGGGACAUUUUUGAAUAAUGUCCGAUUGAGCCAUGCGAAUACCGAGUCGAGGCCUUUCCAGAUCAAGGAUGGGGAUAUUUGCAGCUUGGUUAGGGUUGAACUUGGACGAGAGUCUGAUGCUUUCAACAUGAGUGCACUGGAGAUUCUCAAGACGCUCGCUGCGCCCUCUGUCAUUCCGAGCAAAUCGACGGGUGGAGUGAAGCUUGGACCAAAGUCACAAAUUCCCAACUGUUGUAUCUGUUUGUCCGGAGUAACCACCUGCCAAGCACUCUUCGUCGCCCCCUGCUCGCACAUCUUCCACUUCAUAUGCAUCUGGCCCCUCCUCGAAUUAUACCACCCCGGCUUUUCCUGUCCCCUAUGCAGGACAUUCGUGGAUUUGGAAGAGGACGUGGAGGUGGAACAUGAGGCCGAUAUGGAGACUGACGUCGAUUUGCCUGUGGGUUCGGACGAGCAUGGUCAUGGGGGAGACGACGACUCGGGAACGGAGGAUGGUAUGAACCACCAUCAACAUCAACACCACCACCACCUUGGCGUUUCGCGUGAAGCGGGUGGGGAGACGGAGGUGGAGGAGGGGGGGACGGGAAGGCCUAGGCGCGUGUUGAGGAAUGGGAACAACCAUUCCCCUGCGGAGGAUGAGGGACAGGCGGAUGAGGAGAUGGUUGAUUUGAUUGCGUGGGAAGAGGUUGCUGUUGCCAUGUUGGAUAGUGACUCCGACUCUGAGGGGGAUGAUGAUAGUGAUUUCGACUCUGAGGAUGAUUAUUGCCAUGUUGGAUAA